AUGGCAACGGACACAUCGAUGACGGCGAGCGGAGUGGCGUACCCGCUAUGGUUUCUUGUGCUGGUCGCGGUCCUUUUCUGCGCCGGGUUUGCGUGGGCGACGCUGCGCUGCUGCUUUGGUCGGUCGACGGAUGCCGAGACGGUGUCCAGCAAGGAAAAAGCCGAUAUUAUCGACGCGACGCGCGUGACGUGCGUGAGCGAGAGUCCGUCGUACACCCACGCGUCGACGCCAGUGUCUGCGAUCGACCGCGUGUGA